CUGUUUGUGUUUCUGUUGUGUUUCUGUGUGUCUGUCUGUCUGUUUGUGUGUCUGUGUGUGUCUGUUUGUGUGUCUGUCUGUCUGUUUGUGUUUCUGUGUGUCUGUGUGUCUGUCUGUUUGUGUGUCUGUUUGUGUUUCUGUGUGUCUGUCUGUUUGUGUGUCUGUCUGUGUUUCUUUGUGUCUGUCUGUUUUUUUUGAUCCCUGUUUUUCUCUUUUUCUCUUUUUCUCACAGUCUCCGUACAACCCUGGACAAAAUGCUGGCUCCGCCCCUUUAGUGUAUUCUCCACAGACGCAGCCAAUGAAUGCACAGCCACAAAGUCGCCCGGUGAGUCGUCCCUCCGCCCCCUUUGAGACAGAACGGUCUUCUUGGUGGUCCUGAAAGUUCAGCAGUUUGACCUCCGAGUUUUUGUUUCUUGUCACCUGAGAAGCGAACCCUCUGAUUGGUUUAAUAACACCGUUAACAGCCAAUCAGCAGGUCAGCAGGUUAAAGACCAGGAUGUAGCCCCCCUCUCAGGUUCAGAUGAUGGUGACUCUGAGGUUGAAGUCGGUUGAUAACGUCGUUUACAGAUGUUCUUCAGACAUGGAUGUGAGAGAGUUUGAGUUUGAAUCAGUUAUUCUUCAUUAAAAUCUGAACUUUAACUCUUUAAACGCCUUUUUUUAAUCGACAUCAAGAAUCAAGGUAGAAACUUAAAAUCCUUGUCUUUAAUAAGAUUUAUAAAAAGUUUUUUAAAGUUUUUUUUCCAGAGUUUUUGACUUUAGAAAGACCGACGUCUGAUUGGUGUCUGGACUCACUUCUUAUUUUUUCACUUAUUUUCCUGUUCAAGAAUUUUCUUUUAUCAAACAAAGAAAACUUUUAAACUCUUAAAUGUUUUAAACUUUGGAUCCGUCUGACCGACCUUCCUAAAAACCACCUGAGGAAGAAGAAGUAGAAAUCCUCCUCCACAAACAAAACUCAGUUUGAAUAUUAAUUAUUAAUAAAUAAUAAUCUUCAUUUGUAGAGCAGAGCUACCCAGACCCAGGUCAGCCAACAAACACACACACACUCACUCACACACACAGUCAUGCAUUGUGGGUAAUGUGGUUUUCCACCUGAGAUGUUGAAUAUGAGGAUUAGAUGUUUUCCUCCUUCGUUAAUAAUCUCAAUAAUCAGUUCUGAUUUCAUUUCUAUAUUUUCAUUAAAACGCAUGUUUGUUAUUUUUCUGUGAAAUUAAAGUCCUGUUUUUCCUGCGGUGGUCACAGACCUGACCUUUGACCUUUUGUUGUUGUGGUUUUUGUUUUGUGAUGAUUGCUUUUUUUUUUUCGAGCGUCUUCCUUCGUCACUCAUCUUCUCUCUCUGUUUCUUCUUCUUCUCCUUCUUCACCAUCGCUGCUUCAAACCUCCCUGCUGGACCUCUCCUCCUCCCUCCCCCACCAGUUUGCUGCGGGCCCUCGACCGACCCACCAUCAGGUAUUUAACCCCCACUGAACGCCCCUCCUGCUCCCCUCUCUGGCGUCAUUAUUGUCAAAGAGGCGUGCUGGUACCUGCUGACCACACGCCUGUUAGCAGCGGGGGGGGGGGGGGUCUCUGAUUUAAAAGCUUUCUAGUUAAAAAGGUUUUAAUGAUCCUGAUGAUUAUUGGAGAUAUCCAGCCGGGAGCACAGAGCGGUUUUAUUCUGACUGAGUGUUUUUGUUUUAUUCUCGUUCAUGUUCGUGUCGACGGUGAUCUGAGGAGACGUUCAUUAAAAGUCUUUUUAGUUUCUCGUUUUCAGACUCUGAUGAAGUGAAGCUGGUGGGUGUACUGGAGUUUUUCUACUUUAAUGCAGAAAAAGGUUUUAUUGUUAAUCGUUAUUAUAAUUAUAAUUUUUUUUAUAAUAAUAAUAAUAAUAAUAAUAAUAAUAUUGUUAUUAUUAUUAUUAAUGAUAAUAUUAUUGUUAUCGUUAUUAUAAUUAUAAUUAUUAUUAUUGUUAUCGUCAUUACAAUUAUCAUUUUUAUAAUAACAAGGAUAAUAAUAAUAACAAUAAUAAUUCUUAUUAUUAUUAUAAUAAAUAAUGUUAUUGUUAUCGUUAUUAUUAUUAUUAUUAUUAUUGUUAUCGUUAUAAUUAUAAUAAUUAUUAUUAUUAUCGUCAUUAUGAUUAUCAUUUUUAUAAUAACAAAAAUAAUAAUAAUUAUUAUUAUAUUAUAAAUGAUAAUAUUAUUGUUAUCGUUAUAAUAAUUAUUAUUAUUGUUAUCGUCAUUACAAUUAUCAUUUUUAUAAUAACAAGGAUAGUAAUAAUAACAAUAAUAAUAAUAAUAAUUAUUAUUAUUAUUAUUAUAAAUAAUAAUAUUAUCGUUAUUUUAAUAAUAAUAAUUAUUAUUAUUGUUAUUGUUAUAAUUAUUAUAAUUAUUAUUAUUGUUAUCGUCAUUAUGAUUAUCAUUUUUAUAAUAAUAAUAAUAAUUAUUAUUAUUAUUAUAAAUGAUAAUAUUAUCGUUAUCGUUAUUAUAAUUAUUAUUAUUGUUAUCGUCAUUAUAAUUAUCAUUUUUAUUACAAUAAUAAUAAUAUUUUUUAUUAUUCUUAUUAUUAUUAUUCUUAUUAUUAUUAUUAUUAUCCUUGUUAUUAUUAUUGUUAUUAUUAUUAUUUUAGCAUAAAGAUGAUAAAGACAGCCGACCUGCACAGACUCUGAUGGACUGAUGUCUCCAUGACUUCCUGGUGUUUCCUUCACUGUCCCGUAAAACAGUCGGACUUUAUGGACUUUAGUUUAUCAAACAGGCUAACGGGGUUGAACUUUAACCCUUUGCUCUUCUCAGGGGUUGAUAUCACCGAAUUUUGUUGGAUCGUUUGGUUAGUAUUGAUUAAUUUAUCGUUUCAAAGAGAGAAAACAGAGAGAGGAACACUUUUGUUUGUGUUCAUGUGGAGCUAAAUCCUCCUCUAGUUUAUUGUUUGGUUAGAACUUUGUCCCUUCAUUUCUCCACGAUCAUGUCUGUAAUAUAUUCAUCAGAUCCCAGUGCACUUUGAAAACAUGGCUGUUCUGAAAUCAGAGGUGGAGAUCAUGUCUUUGCUUUUAUAAGUUUAUGGACAGAGAAGGAAACUGUGAGAGACGAUGAGCACCGACGUGGGCUGGGGAAGGUCCAAGGGUUGGAUAUGAACCGGACCUCGAACACAUGAAGAAUCCAAAAACGGGCCAAAAUGAAGAGCAGAACCUCUCACAUGAAAAUAUUGUGUUAAUGCAGAUCAGUCUUAUUUCUAAUCAUCAUCAGUUUAAAGGAAAUCCUGUUUUUUCACAUAAACUAACUCCUUACUGCUUUUCCGGUUGGAACCAGAACCAGAACCAGAACCAGAAUCCUCUUUAUUGUCAUUAUACAGAAGGUACACUGAGUCUUCUCACCUGGGGUUUUCCGAUGUGUUUGGGUUCAAGUCCUGAAGGAGUGAGUCAGGAUGUGGAUCUCUUCUGAAUUCUGGUCCUGGUCCUGCAGCGCGGAUCAGAAGAUCAGGUUCAUGUGUCGGAGGAUUUAUGAGCCUGUUUGUGUUUUACCCUGUGGGCGCUCAGAGUCACGGAUCUGAAAUUCAGUCCGUCCGUGUGACUUCCUGUCGUCUGUUGAUCGCCGUGGUGAUGAUUCAUGGAGGUGUCCCCCACCAACCUCUGAUCUGGUCCUCACACCCCCAGGAAGUCCCCCAGACUCACCCCGUGUCCCUCUAAAACCUCCUCACCUUCUGGAGGUUUCUGUGUGGACAGAAAUUUCACAGGUUAUUAAUAGAACUGAGUCAAAGUGUGUGUGCAGACAUCACUGCGUACACACACACACACACACACACUCAGAAGUGUCUGUCACACACUGGCGCUGGGAUCUCUUGUGUCGCCACGGAAGUGGAGUUAGGAAGCAGAUGAAGAAGAACAGACGUCUUUUAUACGGAGGAGAGAAAACCGCCAUUGUCCGUCUGAAACACAGAAAACGCCGCAGAGAUCCGACAUGAAUGAAUCUGAGUGAAAACAUGAGUGUGUGAAAAAACAACGAUCAUCUUUAUUAGUGUCGGUCAGCUUUAGUGUUCCUGUGUGUGUUUAACUAUGAGAGAGUUACCUCUGAACCAAUCACUGUAGAGAGAGAGAGAGAGAGAGAGGGAGAUAGACGGAGAGACAGACAGAGAGAGAGAGAGGCAGAGAGAUCCGAAAUGAAUGAAUCUGAGCAACCUCACCUACUCUGACCUACUCACAGACCUGUUUACAGACCUACUCUCAGACCUGCUUACAGACAGGCUCUCAGACCUACUCACAGACCUGUUUACAGACCUACUCUCAGACCUGCUUACAGACCUGCUCACAGACCUACUCUCAGACCUGCUCACAGACCUGCUUACAGACAGGCUCUCAGACCUACUCACAGACCUGUUUACAGACCUGCUAACAGACCUACUCACAGACCUGUUUACAGACCUGCUCACAGACCUGCUUACAGACAGGCUCUCAGACCUGCUCACAGACCUGCUUACAGACCUACUCACAGACCUGUUUACAGACCUGCUUACAGACAGGCUCUCAGACUUACUCACAGACCUGCUCAUAGACCUGCUCACAGACCUGUUUACAGACCUGCUCACAGACCUGCUUACAGACCUGCUCACAGACCUGCUUACAGACCUACUCACAGACCUGCUUACAGACCUACUCACAGACCUGUUUACAGACCUACUCACAGACCUACUCACAGACCUACUCACAGACCUGCUUACAGACCUGCUCACAGACCCCUCUUGAAGUCCAGAGUGUGUUUGUCCAAGAGUCCCCGGGUCCACAUGGAGGUCUUUAGAACUUGUGAGAGUCCGAUCAGUGAAGACCUGAGAUGGUUUUAGAUUGACCUGGUUUUACCAGAACUGGAGUUUAAUGAAGGAGCCGAUCAGACUGCUGACAUAUAGAGAAAGGCUAGAUAGACUUUAUAGUCUAUAUAGAUAAACAGUCUAUAUAGACUAUAUCUAUAUAGAUAUCGUCUAGUAUAGUUAUAGUCUAUGUAUAGUGUAGAUAUAGUCUAUGUAGAUAUAGUGUCAGUAAAGCGAAGCUGCAUGGAUGUGAUUGGUUGGUGUCUCUCCACAGUCUGAUCGUCUUAGAUUGACCCGUUUGUUGUGAAGUCUAAAGUUAAUUUAGUUCAGGUUCAGUCUCCACUCUGAGGAUGAACCGGACUCUUCUAUAUCAGCAGCAGCUCCUCUGGUCAGCACCAGAGUUUAGAGGAAUUUUCACAGGAAGUCCAGUUUAGACCCUGGAAACUCAAACCCAGUACUCCUCCAGGACUUGGAUUUAAUCAGGUCCAGCUCUAUUUCCAUCUAUGAAAUGGAGAUCAGGUUUUAUUUCGUCUGUGAAGAUGAAGAUGAUGAUCUGGACCUGCUCCUGUUUGAUCUUCUGUCUGUGGAGUCACUUUGGUUCUGUUGAGCUUCUAUUAGAAAUAUUACGACUAAUCAAUAAUCAAUAUAAACUGUGAAAGAUGCCGUCAAACAGAUGAUGACCGACCUUGUUUACCUGGCUCGGGUGUUUGUUUCCUCAACGCCGUCACAUGAUCAGUGUUGUGAGGACGCAGCGACAAAGUGACGAUUUUCUGUAACGAAGAAACUAGAGUUAGACACAGAGAAUAGAUGUUCACUGAUGCUCUGGUCCUGAUGUCCUGGUCCUGAUGCUCUGGUCCGAGUCCUCUUGGAUCCUGGUGUUAGAUUUGGACCGCUCAGGUUCUGUUGGUGGUUCCUGCUGCGAUCUUCAUGUUUGAGUGUUUUCUCCUCAGGACGACAGGCGGACGGAAUAAUCGGAGUGUUUUUACUUUAACGUAAAACAGUGAAUGUUUGUCUAACUGUGUUCGUAUAUUAAAGCUUCACCAGUGUCACCAGUAUCACCAGUAUCUCUCUCUCCUAUUGGCUUUUCUCUCUUUCCUGCUUUCAAAAGGGAGGAUUCAGGCCCAUCCAGGUAACUUUGAGCUCUCUGCAGACCUGCAUGACGGCAUGAUGAAGAUCGUCCUCCCCCAUCAUCAUCAUCAUCAUCAUUUUAUCCUCAGUUCUGUUUUUAGUUUUUUGCUCGUAGACGAUCUUUCCGGAGUUUCAUCGUUUCAUUCAUUGAUCGUCUUUAAUUGAACUCACUGCAUGUGGAAUGACGGAGCGGACUUACGUGUUUUUAUUUUUGUCUCCGAUGUUUCCUGCAGCGAUCAUUUCCUCUCUUUUUUUUUUUUUAGGUUUUUGAUGGAUGUCAGUCUGGUUUCUGUUUUUGUCGUAAUAAUAAUAAUGAUAAUAAUAAUUUAUCAUUAUUAUUAUUAUUAUUGUUUUUAGGAUUGUUGAAGACUCUGAUUUUGUCUGAGUUGUUUUGUCUGUCAGCCCUUGUGUUUUUAUGAUAAUGAUAAUAAUAAUAAUUAUUAUUAUUAUUAUCAUUAUUAUUAUUUUGUGGGAGUUGUUUUGUCUGUCAGCUCAUGUGUUUUUAUCGGGACUGUAGUCGCUCAUGAAACCGUUUCCUGGUUGUUUCCCAGAUUUCGCCUGUUUACGAUAAACCUGGUUUAUGAUGUUAAAGGUGAUUUCCCUUCUGGGUUUUUUAGACUCUUUUACAGCGUCGUUGUUGUUGUUGUUGUUGUUGUUGUUGAUUGUCGUGAGCGGCGGGGUUUUCCCUCCUGGUUGUUAGAAAGUCGGUCACAGCUGCUGUCGGUCUUUCUGUCUGAUAUCAAACCUCCCCACGAUGUAAAAAUCCUCACAGCUGCUCGGAGUGAGUUUAAAGUUCCUGUUCUCUAACGUCGAAGUUUGUGAAAGUUCAGGUCAAAGAUCUGUGGAGAUCGGAGAAAAACCUGUCAGUCCCUCAGACUCUCAAACCUCAUCUGAACAAUAACGAGAUCCUUCUACUUUAGUAAAAGAUUAUCAUUAUUAAUAUUAUUAUCAAACCUCAUCUGAACAAUAACGAGAUCCUUUAACUUUAGUAAAAAAAAACCGAAUGAUUUUAAAAAUGUGAUUUUUCAAUAAAGUAAAUUCAGUGAUUUUAUUUUCAACUUCUGAGAAAAACUUUGUGAACAAGCAGCUGAAACUACGCCGGACUCUGUCUGUGCGAGUCUGUGUGUGUGAGAACAGAGACAGACGUCACUCUGUAAAUCUCUGUCGUUUCUUUAGUCUCUGAAAUAUUAACCCAGUUUGUUUCUGUUUGUCUGAUUCUGUGAUCGUAGGAGAAAAUAUUUCACGUGUUUCGAAGUUAAAGUGUUUUUCUCUGUUUUGUUGGCGUCUCUGUCUGUCUGUCUGUCUGUCAUCUGAUUCAUGACGUUGUUUUUGGGUCUAAAACUUUGGAGGGCGUUUCUUAAAGCAGUCAGCGGAGAGGAUGAAGUGUUGAUGAUGGAGCCGUCAGACAGAGAAGUCAGAGUGGUGUUAGGACGGGAGAUUUCAGUCAGAGCUGCUGAUAGAAACCAGUCCAGAGUCUGACUGAGAGAGACGUGGAGGAGGUCAAAUCCACGAGGAGAAGAAGAAACAUCUGUGUGUUUUCAUCCGUGUACUGACCGUGUGUGACGCUUUGUUUCUCCCAGUUUUUCCAGAGAACUCAGAUGCAGACUGCGAGGCCCACCAUCCCCACAAACACGCCCUCCAUACGGCCAGGCUCGCAGACCCCCACAGCCGCCGUCUACCCCACCAACCAACCAAUAAUGAUGACCAUGGCGCCCAUGCCUUUCCCCUCCCCUCAGGCUGCACAGUACUACAUCCCACAGGUGAGACUUCUCAGAGGGUCUCAAAAUCCGACCCUCUCACAGACAUCAACUCUUUUUGUUCAACUGUCAGCGUGAGAAGGUCUUAAUGUUCUGUGUCAGGGGUGAACAAGGUAUUUAUAUUUAUUUUUAUAUUUUGAUUUAUUUUAUAUCUAUUUAUUUUAUAUUUUGAUUUAUAUUUAUUUUUGUAUUUUUAUUUAUUUUAUAUUUAUUUUUAUUUUUACAUUUUUAUUUAUUUUAUAUUUAUUUAUUUUUAUAUUUUUACUUAUUUUAUAUUUAUUUUUAUAUUUAUACUUAUUUUAUAUUUAUAUUUAUUUUAUAUUUUUACUUAUUUUAUAUUUAUUUUUAUAUUUUUACUUAUUUUAUAUUUAUAUUUAUUUUUGUAUUCUUAUUUAUUUUAUAUUCAUAUUAAUUUUUAUAUUUAUUUUUAUUAUUUUUAUAUUUAUUUAUUUUAUAUUUUUAUUUAUUUUUAUAUUUUUAUUAUUUUUAUAUUUAUUUUUAUAUUUAUAUGAAUCCUUUUCUGUGGUCCUGGUAUUUUGGUGAAGUGACUGUUUGUUUUUUAGUUUAGAUUUGACAGUGUCCUCAGACAGGUAUCACUUUUCCUAACAGCAGCAUAAAACACAGAUUUACUGUUAACGACAAAUUCAGUCUGUUUGAAUCAUCUGCAGCGUUUUUCCUUAUUUAUAUUUAUAUAUGUUUUUAUAUUUAUAUUUUAAUUUUUAUAUGUAUCUGUUUUUAUAUUUAUAUUUAUAUCUGUUUUUAUAUUUAUAUUUGUUUUUAUAUUUUUAUUCAUAUUUGUUUUUAUUUUUAAAUAUUUUUUAUAUUCAUAUUUGUUUUUAUGUUUAUAUUUAUAUUUAUUAUAUUUGUUUUUUAUGUUUAUAUAUUUUUGUUGUUUCUUGCCUUUAAUAAAAACGGAGUGACGCUGUCUUCCUCUGUUUUUUUCUGGACCUGCAGUAUCGACACAGCACGCCCUAUGUGGGACCUCCUCAGCAGUAUUCAGUCCAGCCUCCAGGGUCUGGAACCUUCUAUCCUGGUCCUGGUCCAGGGGAGUACCCAGCCCCAUAUCGUGAGUCAUGGAUCCCAGAACCAGAUCAGAUCAGCUGUUUUCACUGAAUUCUCCGAUCAGCUGUUUGAUUUCGUUCUUCUCUUCCUGUUGUCUCUCUCAGAUUCCCUCAGGUACCACCCGCCUGUCUCGCCCUCUGUCCCCGCCCCCGUCCCCACAGCUGGUCCCCCCUAUUACCCAGGACAGACUGUGUACCCCCCUUCACCCCCCAUCAUAGUGCCUACACCACAGCAACCUCCACCAGCCAAGCGGGAGAAGAAAACAGUGAGUAUCUGAGGAGUAUCUCCGUGUUCUCCGUCUCUAAACUUGGAGAUUUAGUGUUUUUUAUUUUUCUGUCCAAACUUUAAAUCCUUCACUUUGACCACAGCUUGUCAAAUAAAUCAAAUAAGGACAUAAAAUUAAAGUCUCUUAGGUCUGAAUUUCACACGUCUUCUUUUCCCCCAGACACUUCAGAGUUUUUUUUACGAUAAUGUGUUGAAAGUUGAUCUUUGCAGAGUUUCAGUUUUGACCUUUGAAACUGCAGCUGUCUAAACACGGUCGCUCCUUUAAGAAGAAGCCGCUCUGAAAUCUCUGAAAUGUCUUCAUCAGCAGCUGAACUUCACCAGCUUGUUGUUCUUGUUGCUCUUUCUGUUGACAUGAGUCGUUUACAUUUGACCUCUGAUCAGAAUAAUUCACAUCUUUUAACCAGAAAUGUCAGGAGAGAAAACCGAGUCUCUCCCCUCAAACUGCUCUGUGAAGUCCACAAAUAACCUGUUUGCUGCUCCUUAACUAUGUGAACGUCAUGAUUUGAAAGGGUCCAGAAAAUAACCUUUAUGAUAAAAAUCCAUUCAAAUUAAAUUAUUAAAACAAACCCUAAUCCAGAUGUAAUGAAUGAAAGGAGCUGGUUUGGUUCAGAUGUAAAUAGAUUUCUACAGACUGGUGGAAAGUUUCUCUGCCUCAUGUGUUUUUUUUAAUGUCCGUAACCCUUCGUCUGAGAUUUACACGUUCUUCUACAAAGAGCUACAAGAAAAACCUGAACAAAGCUGGUUUUUAACGGUGUGUUCGAGACCAUCGGUCUGAUCAUGUUUUUCAAACGUUUAAUGAAAUAAGAUUUCUGUCUGCAGCUGCUGACUUUCUUCCAAAUCUCUGGAUUUAUUGAAUCAAACUAAAGAGCUGCAGCUGCUUUCUUCUAUUUUAAUUAUUAUUAUUAUUAUUAUUAUAAUCAUGUUCAAAAUAAACUUCAAAGUCUGACUGUGUUCAGACAUGCAGCUCACCCUGAAGUUGUUUAGUGUAAAUCCAGUGAGUGUGAUUUCAGAUACAGUUGACCGUCUUCAACCCCAAAGAGCGGCUCAGUUUCAAUUUAGAAGAACAAGAAGAGAGAAACAGAAACAGACCGAAACAGACCAAAACAAACCAAAACAGACCGAAACAAACCAAAACAGACUGAAACAAACCAAAACAGACCGAAACAGACCAAAACAGACCGAAACAAACCAAAACAGACCGAAACAGACUGAAACAAACCAAAACAGACCGAAACAGACCGAAACAAACCAAAACAGACCGAAACAGACCGAAACAAACCGAAACAGACCAAAACAGACCGAAACAAACCGAAACAAACCAAAACAGACCGAAACAGACCGAAACAAACCGAAACAAACCAAAACAGACCGAAACAGACCGAAACAGACCAAAACAGACCGAAACAGACCGAAACAAACCAAAACAGACCGAAACAGACCAAAACAAACCAAAACAGACCGAAACAGACCAAAACAGACCGAAACAAACCAAAACAGACCGAAACAAACCAAAACAGACCGAAACAAACCAAAACAGACCGAAACAGACCAAAACAAACUGAAACAGACCGUAACAGACCGAGACAAACCGAAACAGACCGAAACAGACCGAAACAGACCGAAACAAACCGAAACAGACCGAAACAAACCGAAACAGACCGAAACAAACCAAAACAAACAGAAACAGACCGAAACAGACCGAAACAAACCGAAACAGACCGAAACAAACCGAAACAGACUGAAACAGACCGAAACAAACCAAAACAGACAGAAACAGACCGAAACAGACCGAAACAAACCGAAACAGACCAAAACAGACCGAAACAGACCGAAACAGACCGAAACAAACCGAAACAGACCGAAACAAACCGAAACAGACCGAAACAAACCGAAACAGACCGAAACAAACCGAAACAGACCGAAACAAACCAAAACAGACCGAAACAGACCGAAACAGACCGAAACAGACCGAAACAGACCAAAACAGACCGAAACAGACCGAAACAGACCGAAACAAAACGAAACAGACCGAAACAAACCGAAACAGACCGAAACAAACCGAAACAAACCAAAACAAACCAAAACAGACCGAAACAAACCGUAACAGACCGAAACAAACCAAAACAGACCGAAACAAACCAAAACAGACCGAAACAAACCGUAACAGACCGAAACAAACCAAAACAGACCGAAACAAACCAAAACAGACCGAAACAAACCAAAACAGACCGAAACAAACCAAAACAGACCGAAACAAACCGUAACAGACCGAAACAAACCAAAACAGACCGAAACAAACCGUAACAGACCGAAACAAACCAAAACAGACCAAAACAGACCAAAACAGACCAAAACAAACCGAAACAGAUCGAAACAAACCAAAACAGACCGAAACAAACCAAAACAUAAUGUAACAAAAUGUUUGAUGUGGUUAAAUUUCGUGUCUAACAGUAAAAAUAUAAACGUAUCUCUGCCGUCGGCUCGGAGACUCGGCCGCUUUAGUGAGCUCUGUGUUUUUGUGACAUUGUCCUCCCAGAUCCGAAUCCGUGACCCCAAUCAGGGCGGGCGGGACAUCACAGAGGAGAUCAUGGCGGGAGGUUCAGGGAGCAGGAACUCAACGCCUCCUGUCAGUCACCCCUCCUCCACCCCCACCCCCCCACAGGUAAGGCUCUGUCACACACACACACACACACACACCUGCAGGAGUUACAGCUGAUUAAAGGGACGGGGGGGUCGUCUCGUGUUGCUGUGUAAAGGUGCGAGCUGGACUCUCGGUCACUGAUCCAGUUACUCUGCAGUUUUUUGGUUUAGAAGUAAAAUAAACGUUCAGUUUUAAAAAUCAAGUUUUAGUUUCAACAGUCCGUUUAUUUAAAACUCUGAACAGCUGUUUUUUUUUUCUGUUACACCUGUUUCUUCUUCUUCUUUCCUCUCUCUGUUUCUUUCCUCCCUCUCUUAAUCACAGACUGUAGAUCCUCUCUCUCUCUCUCUCUUUCUCUGUGUCUCCUGAUCCUUCGACAGAAUCUGAUUAAAAUUCUGAUUAUCUGUGAAAGUGCACUGACCAGCUGAGGUUCUGGUUCUGACCCUGUUCAGCCCACUCUGCAGGUUUAUCUCUAUGUUUAGAGGAGCAGCAGAAGAGCUCUUAAAGUCAGCCUUCAUUAGUGUAAUCAUCACCAACGUGGACACACUUCGACUCUGCUGAAGGACAGACAUGCACACAGGAAAACUACAAAACAUCGAAAAUAAAAAUAUAUUAAACUACACAACUUAAAAAAUAUAUAUAUAUUAAACAGGAAAACUACACAACAUAAACAGUCUGUUCGUCUACAACUCCAAUAUCAAAAUAAAUAAAAGAAGCACCAUUUUAAAAACACACACACACACGCACACACACAUAUAUACAUAUAUAUACAUAUAUAUAUAUAUAUACACUACAGGCCAAAAGUUUGGAAGCACGGCCAUUCCAGGCCGAACAGUUGGGAGUAACUUCAAGUUUUUGUUCCAGCAUGAGUUUGAUGUAUUUUGGGAUGUAUUUACUCCAUGAUCAGAUGUUGCUUUCAUGGAAAUGCACCAUUUUACUCCAUUUACCUUUAGAUAUACAUUGAUGUUAACAGACCAUUGCUAAAUAUAUGUCAGCUAAAGAUAAUAAGGGCUUAGUUUUAGGGUUGAAAACAUUUGCAAGAGUCACAAAAAAACAACAAAUCAAAGUUGGAUUAUUCACUUCAACUUUUUGUCUUCUGAGAGUCUGCAGACAAAAAUCCUAAUAAAUCUAAACUGAGUUCAAACUACCGCAGAAAUGACCAGAAAGAAGCAACUGAGUAAAGAAACAAAAGUACAGAUUUGUACAUCGAGGAAAGAAGGAUACACAGGAAGAGAAAAACGCCUAAAAGACGGGGCUGUGUAUCUGCAAAAAAACACGACUUCAUCCACAGAAGAAGAAAAAGAGAUAUGAGUGGACAAAAGCUCACAAAAACUGGACUUAUGAUGACGAGAAACAGGUUUGAACUGUUUGGUUCCAAACUCAGAGUCUAUGUCUGCAGACAAACUGGUGAACGUCUGAAAGCUCCAUGUGUUACACCCACAAUUCAGCAUGGAGGUGGUAGUUCAUGGUAUGAGGAUGUUUAUCAGGUGAUGGAGGAGGAGAUUUGUUUGAAGUAAAUCAUGAAGAAGGAACAGUACCACUCCAUCCUCCAGCACCAUGCUGCUCCAUCUGGACUCAGACUUGUGGCUCAUAAGUUUAUUUUGCAGUAAGACGAUGACCCUAAGCUCUCUGCCGAGCUCUGUCAGGGUUACCGAGACAAAAGAGAAGAGGAAGGUGUUCUUCAAAAGAUGGUUUGGACCCCUCAGUCUACAGACCUUUCUCCAACUGAGCUUGUGUGGAUGAAUCGUAUCGAUCGGUCAGAAAAACUCGUCCCUUGAAUCAGCGUCUCUUUUUAAUGAACUUCAGAAAGCUUGAAUGUAAUCCCUGGAACAGACCUUAGAAAACUUGGUGAACGAAUGCCUGGUAUAUGCUGAGCUGUUGUUAAAGCCAGAGGAGGUAACUUUAAAGACAGUCUAACAACAAAAACUCAAAGACCUCAGAAUUAGAGUCAGAAUGUCUUCAGAUCAGUUACUCUUUACAUAAUAGUCAUCAUUACUGUGUUGAAAAUUAUAUGAAACUAUGAUCUUUUUUUGUACAAAUCUGAUCUUCUUCCAAACUUUAGCCUGUAGUGUAUAUAUAUGUGAGUGUAUAUAUAUAUAUAUAUAUGACUUUUUCUCAGUUUUUUGGUUUCUGUAAUUGUUUUAUUUAUUUCCAUAUAAACAUAAAUAUUCCUGAAUGAUUCGAGUCUCCACAUUUUCAAAAGUCCAAACAUGAACAUCUGCAGACGUAGACACUGACCCUUUAGAGACCUGGUUGAACCGUAAACGGGCCCAGUUCUGUUCUGGGUCCAGUCUGGAUUCUGAAGAAGGACAGUGUGACUUUGUCGUCUUCUUCCUCCUUCGACCUUCUGUGGAUGUUAACAGUGUCUCUCCUCCUCCUCCUCCUCUUCCUCUUCUUCUUCUUCUUCUCUGUUUUUGUUCCCUCCAUCAUUUUAUUUCUCCUUCUACUUGUCCUGAGGCCCCCCCCAUCCCUCCCUCUCUUUCUCUUCAUCCUUUUGUCUCGUCCUCAUCGCUGAUCCUCUAAAUACUCCUCAUUGGACCUCUUCUUUUCUGCUUCCUGCUGCCUCCUUGAUUUGUUGAUUUGUUGUUUCGUUGGUUUGUUGGUUUAUUAAAUUUAUUGGUCUGUCUGCGCGCUUGCUUACAUCUCCGUCUGCCCGUCUCUCUCUCUGGUUUUCUGUGUUGCUAGUUUUUAUGGCCGCACCCUCAUUAUCCUCACAUUUUCUACCUCAAAUCGCAGCAGCUGAGCAGCAGCCAGACUCCAGAGCAGACGCCUCAGCAGACGCCUCAGCAGACGCCUCAGCAGACGCAGCCCCCUCAGCCACAGCAGGCCCACCCCGGGGGUUACACACUGGAGCCCCCACAGCUACCGCAGCCCCCACAGCCACUAACAACUGGAGCCUCAGACACCAAAGCAGGUCCAGGUCCGUUUCCAUCGUCUCAGUCAGACCUCAGAACUAAAUCCUGCUCUCUGUCGGACCCGCUUCAGUUUCAGCAGAAACCACAAAAACAUCCGUCACUCCAUCAUUUCCUAAAGUUUAGCACAGAGACGCUCGCUCACGUGAACACUUUCACUUUCAUUUCCUCCGAAGAGCGUGUCAGCACGGCGCUCAGCUUUCCCAGUGAUGAGCGGCAACAGAAAACCCGGUCCAAGAGAAAGUUCUGGAAGAAUCUCUGCUGUCAGAGGAGACGCUUAAACCAGAUUUAAGAUGCUGUCUGACACACCAGAGAAACUGAGUUAUCAAACCCUGAAUGUUCGGACGAUUCUUCCUUUUUUAAAACAGAUUUUAAAGUUAAAAAUAAAUAAACUCGUCUUCUUCUCUUCAGGUCAAUCCAAUCGUCUACAUUCACGACUUGAUUCAUUUAUUCCAACCUUGAGGUCUUUGAACAGCAGCCCGGAUUUCUGAGAACUGAGAUUUACAUUGAAAGAGCGCCUCUUCAGGUUAUUCUCUGAACUGCGCUCUCAUACCAUCCUUCAAUAAACAGGAUCAGUCUUUACAUUUAGAUCCACCUGGACUAACCUGACCUCAUAGAACACAAAACCAGGACUCACAUAAACCCAAAGUCCGUUUUCCAGAGUUUGAUUCUUAAAUUCAUUGUUUCUUUGACUUUAAUUAACUGUUUAAGUUUUCAGUCAAAAACGUCUUUACUGCCCUCCUCUGAAAUAAAACCUCAGAGAACAGAGUUUUUUUAUUCUUAUUUAAGGCAGAACUAAAGAAAUUAAAAGAUGAAUAUGUUCCCUUUUAACCCGAGGAGCAGAAAAUCAUUUUACUCCCAUUACUUUCAACUCAAAUCAAAACUCCUUUUAAAGAGUUUUAAGAGUUUUUAAGAAUUUUAAAGAGUUUUUAGGAGUUUUUUAAGAAUUUUUAGGAGUUUUAAAGGGUCUCUGAUAAAGCGCUAUAUGAAAUCUGAUGCAUUAUUAUUAUUAUUAUUAUUAUUUAAGCAUUUUUAAAGAGUUUCAAAGAAUUUUAAAGAGUUUUCAGAGCCCUGGUUGGUUUGUAGUUUUGAGUAUUUCUGAAUCUGAUACUUCAUCAUGUUUUCCUCUGAGAGCGAUUAAACUGAACAAACUUGUUUUUUCUCUCUUUCAUAAAUGAAUUAAACGUGUUUGUCGGAAAUCUUUCAGAGGAAACGCCAAAACUGGAGCCGGUGGUCGUGAAGUCUUCCUCACCAGGUCUGGGGGUUCAGCCUGAAGGUCCUGUGGAGAGACUAGAGUCCAGUCCUCCUGAACCCGAGUCCACGUCCGCUGUUGAACCCGAGCUUCCCUUCCCUGCAGCGAUGUCCGCUCCCGUCACGCUCCCUCUCUCAGCGGCCAAUAAAAGUGAACGGCCCUCAGUCAGGGAGUCCACGUCUUCAGCCUCUUCUCCCUCCCCCUCACUCGGGGAGCUCAGACCCUCCCUGGCAUCACCUCAGACCCCCACCACGGACAAGCCUCUUUCAGACGCCCCGCAGACUCUGGCGGCCUCGCCGGCUCCAAAGGCUUUAAACGGCCUUGCGGACUCUGGGACUGAUCUGGACGCUCCGGUUCCUGAGCCGUCGCUCCAGUCCACAGCUUCACUCCAGCCGGCGGUCUCUGCGGUCUCUGCCCCGGCGUACAGAGAGGCCCCCCCCUCCUCGGAAACUCUGCCCUCUGACGUCAGGCCGGAGGUGCCCAUUGCUGCUGCGCUCGCCCCCAUGGCACCCGUAGCCGUGGUGCCGGUCACCUUGACCUCAAGCCCCGCCCCCGCUCUGCCCAUCACGCUCCCCCCCGGCCUCCCACCUCUAGUGCAGGCCACGACAGAGGCUGACGAGUCCAGCAAGACGUUAGACACUAAAGACCUCGUCCUCAGAGCGGGAACGGAGGCGCAAGGAGGCAUUAACGACAGCGAACCAGAACCAGAACCACAACAACAAGCACUCAUCAGGAGGAGUCCCACUACAGGUACUGGAUCUGUGAACCCCUCCUACAGCUGUGAAGUCCAGGUUUAGAGUAGUCCAGAUCAUUUGGUUCCCCUCACAGAAGGUUUAAACCCCCCACAAAGGACCCCUGACAGUCCGGUCUUUAAUGAGGGUCCAGGUUCUGGAGCGUUUUCAGGUUCUCCUCAUCAGAACAGGCAGACUAGAUUUCCUCUAAACUGACACCUGAAGAUCGGACAUGCUCCAUCAGGACAGAAGACCUCCGUCCACUAGGGGGCAGGAGAAAGAGUAUUGAUUAGUUCAAAUUAAUGACUAAUAUGAAGUCAAAUUAAAUCAGCUGUUUGUCCGGUGAGGUUGACAUGAACAAAAAUAGAGAAAAGGUCAAAGAGACGAUUUUUACAACAAAAGACUAAAUAAACUAAACAGCUGAAAAAAUCACUGAUAUCGAAUCGCGGGGCCUCUGGUGACCACGAGAUGAAUCUGUCUGAAUGUUUCUGAGCAAAAACAGGAAAACAGAUAUUUAAGUUGUUUUCCAUCAGGAGGUGUUCUGAUCUCCGGUUCAGGGAGGAUAACAGGAUGAUAUUAAAUAUAUAAUAAUACUUUAUAAAAUAUCAGGACUGUGGGAGGGUAUAACAUCUGUCUGUCUCUGCUCUGUUUCAAACCUUUUUAAAUAACACUUAAGAGUCUUUUAAACUUUAUAAACUGGAUUUAAAUCUUAAAGUUUCUCUCCUGUUUUUUAAUGUUGGCUUUAGUUUCCUGCUGUCACUGAAAAACUCACGGAAACAUUAAAUUAAGAUGAUUAAAGAGUCUGUAAAUGUUACCAGGUGUACCGGGUAUUACCGACCCUAAAAACGAUGGAUGAACAGUUCAGUCCGCUCUUCUAAAGUAUCUUACAUAAUUCUCUGUUUUUAUUCUCCACGGCUUUGAAGACUCAGUUUAACUCUGAAUGAAGUUGUUGUUUUGUUUGCUGACUGACCGACCGACUGUUUCUCUGCAGUUAAUCAGACUGCUUCUGCGUUACCAAAGACCUGGAGGAAACCAAAUGAAGGGAUCUCUGCUGGAGACGCGACUCAAAAGGAGGACGAGGUAAGACGACCGACACGGCCGGAGGGAACAUUCAACGACUGAAAAUUCAACGUCUGGAAAUGUCAUGGUCAUUUGUCGUGGUCGUGGUUGUGGUCUUGGUCGUUUGUCGUGGUCGUUUGUCGUGGUUGUGGUCAUGGUCGUUUGUCGUUUGUCGUUUGUCGUGGUUGUGGUCUUGGUCGUUUGUCGUUUGUCGUUUGUCGUGGUCGUGGUUGUGGUCUUUGUCGUUUGUCGUGGUCGUUUGUCGUGGUCGUUUGUCGCUUCAUCGACCUUUCGUUCAGAAAGAUGAACUUUUGUGACCUUUUGUAAGGAUUUGUCACCUGAUAUUCAAAAAGGUCAGAAAAAAAAGUGUUAAAAAAAAACCUUGAAAGAAUCAGAGUGGGGGGGAGGGGCCUGAUGCCGGCGAUAGUUCAAGCUGAAAAUGUUUCCACAUGUGCGGUCGAGAGUCUGUCUGUCCCUCGCCCGCCCGCCCGCUCGGUUGUUCGCUCGCUGGUUUUCUCGGGGGGGAAGUGGACAGAAAUGACUUUGGGCUGUUUUGUUUUCAUCUGAGCUCCACAGCAGAGAAUCUUUGAUCGUCUUUAUGGCUGGAUGUAAAAACCUGUUUUCUUGACUUCCUCUUUAGGAGCUCAUCUCCAUCGAGCUUCUUCUCGUUUCAUCUGUAGAUAAAAGUGUCGACACUUUUAGUCAAACAUCAACAAACUAAACCUCAGUCCAUGUUCAGAAAACUUCUGCUCUAAAAACUAAGAUCAGUUUAAAUCAGCUGUCCUCCACUGUGUCCUUCACUGUGUCCUUCACUGUGUCCUCCACUGUGUCCUUCACUGUGUCCUCCACUGUGUCCUCCACGUUUAAGCCGUGAAUACCUGAGCGGGUGAGUCCGACGGGUGAGUGUCUGUAGAGUGAGAGUCAGAGCGAGUUAGAAACAGAGAAAUGUCUUUGAGUUAUGAAAGAAGAGGAGAUCUGACAGACCGCCGUCCAGCAGCAGCAGCAGCUGAAGCUUCAGUCAUUUUGAGGAGCGGCGGCGGCGGCGGUGGCGGUCAUGUCUGCUAUGUUGGCAUUUAGUGCUGAGUCUGCAUUAAGUCACAGCGGUUUAAUUUCAGUUCAUGUCACGAAAUAUUAAAAAUACCCCCCCAGCCUGUGGACUGAGAGGCUUUAAUACCUAACUGAUUAACUUCUAUACUCUGUAUAUCUAUACUCCUAAACUAGAACAUAUCUAUGUUCAGUAUGAAGUUCUCUUCCUUUAUUUAAUUUUGUCAAACUCAAACCUCGUGGUCAGACUCUUUGAUCUGAUCACAGUUGUCUUCAUUGAUCAGAAAAACUCGGACAUGACGUUAAAGAAAGUCCGUCUCACAGGAACCAGGAUCUGAAAUCUGAAUAAUACGGAGAACGAACGGCUGCGAUCAUGAGUGAGAAACGUCUUUAGAUCAGAUUUAAAAACACUUUUAAACUUUUCCACAGAGACGCUGAAUCAAACUCCAGUUUCUCCGUUUGUUUGUCUCUCGUCUGUUUUUACUCUCAGUUUUAUUUUCAUGACCUUCUUUUCCUUCGCGUGUCGGUUUAUUCGUCCUCUCAGCUCUGAUGAUCACAGACAGAGUUUUUAUAAAGUGAGGAGCUGCAGCGAUCCUCAUGAUCAUUAAAGUUCAUAUUUAAUAAAAAUGUGAUUUUAAAACACAAUAACUCAGUCUGACCCCCCCACACCCACACAGGACGAGUCCAGGCCAGUAGACCACCCUGCAGGAGAUCAGAGCCUGCAGUCAGAACCUCGGAGCAGCAGCCCGGUCCCCCUGACACCAUCGGUCUUCACCCCCAGCCCUGUUCCUGCUCCCUCCUGCAGCCCGGAGACCGACGGGAAACCUGCGGUCCCCGAGGAGAACGGCGAGGCGGAGAUGGAGCCCAUGAGGAACGGAGCGGGUCACACCUCCGAGACGGAGAGCAGCGACAGCGGCGCCACACCUGGAGACAAGGAGAACUCCACAGGAGCUCCACAGGACAUGGAAGGUGAGACGUUCCUCAGAUGUUUAGGAACAGAUACGAUCAGGACUUUACAACACUGACGGUCAGUUAUUUCUGAGUGCAUCAGCGUGACCUUGGUGUGACCUUGGUGUGACCUUGGUGUGACCUUGGUGUGACCUUCCCCAUCAGUCUGCUCUUUGCUCUUCUUCUCCUGAACCUCCGCUCUGUCCCGCAGACCUGGCCGAGUCCUCCGGGAAGCGUCAGUAUAACCGGGACUUCCUGUUGGGUUUUCAGUUCAUGCCCGCCUGCAUCCAGAAACCCGAGGGACUCCCCCCCAUCAGCGACGUGGUCCUGGACAAGGUGAGACCAUGACCACCAUGAUGUUUGAUUUCAGCACCAGGUUUGAUACUGACCCAGAUCCACAGGUGAGUUCAGAGUCCAGUCAGACCGACAGAACCUCCAAUAAAGAACCUGAAACUGAAGGUUCACCAGGAGUUCUGACAGGAACAGACCAAAACAAACCGGGUCAUCACAGAAGGACCCAGACCACAGUCCAGUCCAUCAUCACAGGAAACCAGAACCCAGAAGAACCAGUCAAUCUAGAAACCAGCAAUGACUCCAAAAGGACCCUGAGAUCCAGGAGAGGCUCGGUCUGGAAUAAUCCGUCACUAGAACUGAAGUUUAUCAUCGUCUCUUCGUCUCUUCGUCUCUUAGUCUCUUCGUCUCAUCGUCUCUUCGUCUCAUCCUUCGAUCUCAUCGUCCCACCGUCUCAUCCUUCGAUCUUUUUCGACCCCCGGCGUCCCGUUCCCGCUCUUGGUUUCCUCGUGGUUCUGCCACUUCAGGCUCCGCCCACCCAUCAAAGCCUCUGUCUGUUCGCUGACUCAGAAGUUCAUGACCUUCUGUCGUUUCCUGUGACGAUCAGCUGAUCAGCUGACUCAGCAAAAUGAUGAGGACUUCAAAACCCUCAUGGACGUCUGGACUGAAGUGUCUGAUACCCCACCCAAGACCAGAACCCAGUGUGGUUCAGUACAGUCCUGGUCUUGCUGGUGUCUCACGUUGGUCAUGUGACGACCUUGGAGCAGCUGGGGUUUUGGUCGGCCCACUCAGACCCCGAGUCUGAGCCCUGAUGGUUUUCCUGAGCCCAGCAGGUCCAGGUCAAAACCAGGACUCUGUGACAGAGUCUCUGAGGUCUAGGGGUCCUCCAGGUCCUCCAGGUCCUGAGGGAGGCGUUUGAGCCCUCCUGAUUGGUCCUUUAGAGAGCGGCCUCCUUCAUCAGUGUCUGAAGUCCAGAGAAGGUCAAACGUGAGGAAGUCAGAGUUUCUGAGUCUUUUCAAAAUAAAAGCUCGACUGGUCUAAUUUUGUUCUUCACCGUGGAAACCAGUGGGAGGGGUCUGCUUUUAUUCUGAAGUCGAGUCCAGGACGGUUAUUUGAUGAAAGGAGGAACCGCCCGCGCCACCCUUUUAUCGGAGUUUUACGAACUUUAGCUGAGAAAAAAAAACGUUUUAAAUCGUCGUCUGAGAAGGUCAGGUGACAGGAAGUCGUCCCAUUCUUCAGAUCUCUGCUGUUUGUUUGUCGAAGACCUGAAAGUUUUUUUCCUGAUUAAAAAUGAACUUUUUUCAGAGUUCUGAUCGAUCCGAUCAAACUGAUCGAUCUGAUCAAACUGAUCGAUCUGAUCAAACUGAUCAAUUUCAAACUGAAUCCAAACAGAGUCUGUCCAAUCAGAGACGAGUACACAGGAAACAUGAAGACUCCAGCAGCCAAUCAGGAGGCGGUUCUGUCUGUGAAGAUAAAGUCCAGGUUCUGGAGGAGAAGAAGUGGGUCGAGCAGAUCCAGGGUCAGAAUUAACCGGAGAGUCCCGCCUUCUGAGCGGACAGAUUAUUGAAAAGGUCAAAGGUCGUAACAGUCGUAGUUUCUCUGUCGACCUCGUCACUCUCCUCCUCCUCCGACAUCCUCAGCGUCCGUCUGUCCGUCCGCCGAAAACGCUGUUCUCAUUAAAAUCACAUUUCUAUGAUGUCACACUUGGCCAUGUUUAACAGGACACGCCCCUCCCCCCACCUCGCCACAAAAAAGAACAAGCAGACCGCCGUCCUCCGAGGGGGGAGGAGAGAGAGAAGAUGAAGGAGAGAGGAGGGGAAGGAGGGGAAAGAGAGAGAGAGGAAGGAAACAAACUUGGAUCAGCUGAUGGAGCGAAAUCAUCGACAUUUAGAGUCACUCACCUGAGGGAGCACUGGGAUAGAAAGACUAAAACACACACUCACACACACACACACACACACACACACACGCACACACACACACACACACACACACACACACACACACACACACACACACACACUCACUCCGUUUACACAGCUCUAUUAUUAGAGAGUCACUGCUCCCUCUGCUGUUCACCUCCAUCCUCUGUGUGUGUGUAAAAAUCUAUUGUGUGUGUGUGUGUGUGUGUGUGUGUGUGUGUGUGUGUAAUAAUGUCUUGUGUGUUUUUUUGUGUGUUGCUCAGAUGAACCAGAACAAGCUCCCGUCUCGGGUCGUGGACUCCAGAGCGACCUCCAGAGGACCGGACUUCACUCCUGCUUUUGCAGAUUUUGGUCGACAGAUGAGCGGAGGACGAGGAGCCGCAGUGAGUCUCACACACACACACACACACACACCUGCCUGAGGGUCCGUUCUGCUGUACGAGGGGCCGCCGUUGGCGACUGCAUGAGACACUGAAGGUUCUCAGAUAUCUCCGUUCUCAGCUGAGGUUGCCCUCACCAACAUGGUGGAUGUUAAUUAGACAAUAAUAUGAAAGACUUCCUUUAGGGACAAUAAUGACCCACAUUUACAAAAACACAAAAAGAAGAAGUUGACACUAAACAGGAUAAUCCUGACAAACGAGUGAACAAACACAUGAAGUCUGUUUCAGAAUAAAAGAGUUCUGAUUAAAUUAAUGAGAUGAUUAAUG